AUGACGGCUUCAAAGAGAGGGUAUCAAGCGAGUGAGGAGGAAGAGUCACAGAACGCAAGCCACUCCAGAACUUCGGUAGCAAAACGAGCCCGGACGGAAUCUAUCCUUAGUGGAUCUUCAGAAGUUAGUCCUAUGGCGUUAGAUCAAACGGAAAUGGGUGCCGAUGCGGAAGAGGAGUGGGAGGACGUUAGUGAUAUUGAUGGCGCGGAUGAAGACAAUAUGGCAAUUCUCAGUUCUGAAACCGAGGAGGAGGUUGAAUCUAACUACGACGAAGACGAUCUAUCAGAUGUGCAGGGCCACGGCGAAAGAAUCUGUCUCUGCAAGAACUGCGAAGUUGAAUGGGACAGUGACAUAAUGAGGGUGGCGUUUGGACUCCUUGUGUCCCCGGCAGGAGAACCCAAUAAGUUUCGGCGAGUAGGAGUCUUUGCGUCCUCCCCUAUUGGAGCAGGAGGUUUGGGAUUCUUCAAAUCGCUGGGCGGGCACCUUGAUGUCGAGCAAGAACCAUUUCCAUCCCCAUCGACAUACCAUUUGAACUCCAUCUCCACUGCCAUGGCUGAUCACUACGCCCUCCCGAAUCCACCUCCCAGCAUCAUUCCCCGCAGGGUGCUCGACCCUUCCCGUCGAGAGUUUGAUCUCGGCUGGCCCGAUGAUGAUUCCGACUUUGAAGAGCGCCCACAACGAUCAGCAGAAGCACUUGUGCCGUAUCACUCAAGUGCGAGACAAACUGGGAGUCAAGGAGAUCCUUCUUUCGGCAUAAUCCCAAUUGGAAGUCAUACCAGCGGGAUCACAUGGACGAAUGACACUAGCUCGACGGGAAAUGGCCAACAGCAUCUGCCCCUUUACUACUCCACCAAGCGCAGCAACAGACAACGGAACACGCAAAGACGUUCCGAGAGUAGACACGGAACUAGUGGUAGUUAUUCGCGAACUUUCAACUCUGAUACGGCAAACGCUCACGCGAUCAAAUCAGCACGGUACCCGGCGCUUUACGAGAUGCUGAAAACGCCGCCAGCCGCCAGAAAAGCGCUGAAAAACUGGAAGAAAGAGGGAAAACAAGCCGCGCUUGAGGAGGCUUCCACUAGUACUCCCGCGUUGGAAGGCGUUCACGACCGGCCGCUCAUCCAAGACGGCCAGGUAGCGGCCGAUGAAAAUUCCGGCUCACAGAACACCGAAGCUCAGAAUACCGCCGACGGCAGCCGCCCUCAGGAAUCGGCCCCUGUUCGCAAUAGCAGCGAGCCCCGGACGGACUCCGGUGACCAAAUGGAGGCAGCUCCCCCAUCCGCCGCUCUUUCGACCAGCAUGGUGGUCCGCGGGGACAUGCUCGCCAGUAGUUUGCCCCCACAAUACAUGACCUUCUCUGAGCCCCUGCUCGAAAAGACGCGGCGCGGGAAGCGCCUUAUUAUAACUUGCAACCUCGCAAAAUCCUAUCCAAACUUCCACAUCGAGUGCAAUUACGUCUACAUCGACCAGCACGAGCGGGUCAAUCUUAGCCAGACAGACACGCGUAUCUCGUUCGCGAUCGUCUCAACGAAGGAAAACAUUUGGACUGUGGCGAUGGAGCAAAAAGGCUAUAAUGAAGACUUUAUCAAAGGGCUUAUAGGGGACGCAGAGUACGCUAGGCUGGAGGGGGAGGCUAGCGGGCCAGUAAAGGGACAUAGCAAAUCAUACGGCUCCUCCGUCGUCGCGAAGGUGGCUAAGAAGGUCACGAUACCUGAGGGAUUUGACCUGGGCGGCAUUUGGUGUAAAGCGGGCGGGUUUUACGAAAUGAGGAUCUUUGUUCCGGAAAAGAAUUCUAGGGAUAACAACACGGACUGGUGA